AUGACAGAAAUUGUAAGAAUAAUUUCCUCACAUAGAGACUGGCCAAUCUUGAUUUGGGUUGCCAUCUACAAAGCUACGCCGCCUACGAAGUCGUCACAACAAGCAUGUCCACCAGGCCCACCAGGAAAACGAGGGAAAAAAGGCAAAAAAGGAGAUACUGGAGAACCAGGUCCAGCAUUAAGGGGGCCUAAGGGUGAUAAGGGCGACCGCGGUUACAUGGGACUCGGCGGUAUUCGAGGUUACCCCGGAUUUCCGGGUCCUAUUGGUUUGGAUGGUCCAAAAGGGGAUCCGGGCCGACCUGGAGAGAAGGGCCAAAAGGGCGAUAUUGGCAAUCCAAGGUUUGAUGUGUUCUCCACAGUAAAGGGUCUAAAGCGAUCCGUGACAACGCUGCGGGGCGGCACAUUGGGAUACGCGGAAAUUGUCGCCGUUAAGGGCGAACCUGGAGAGCCUGGUCCACCAGGACCAGCAGGACCUCCGGGAGCUGAAGGAUUACCAGGACAAGACGGUAGACCAGGACCGCCUGGCGAACAGGGUCCGCCAGGAGAAAGAGGUCUUCAGGGUGUUGCGGGUCCGCAAGGGCCUUCUGGUACACCAGGAUUGCCAGGACUUGCCGGUGAAAAGGGAGAUAAAGGCGACCGAGGUUUAACGACUACUUUGAAAGGUGACCAAUUCCCUACUGGUAUAAUUGAAGGUCCUCCUGGACCGCCUGGUGCCCCGGGUGAACCUGGAAAACCUGGACCACCAGGACCACGUGGACUAGAUGGUAUCAAUGGUCUUACUGGUCCCCAAGGACCUCCUGGAUUACCAGGUCAAUCGGGUCCUAAGGGCGAAAAGGGCGACUAUGGUGACAUAGGGCCACCAGGUUUAAUGGGACCACCUGGAUUGCCAGGACCACCUGGUUAUCCUGGACAAAAAGGAGAAAAAGGCGAUAAAGGAGAAUCGAAAUACAAAAAACUCAGAAGACGUCAGGGUGAUGGAACAGGGGAAGGUCCGGCAGGAGAAAUUAUAAUGGGACCACCGGGCCCACCAGGACCUGCAGGAGUUCCUGGUCUACAAGGUCCUCCCGGAAUAAAAGGUGACCGUGGUAAUGACGGAGCAAAGGGAGAUCCGGGUGAGAAAGGAUCUAAAGGAGACCCCGGUCCCAUGGGAUUACCGGGACCGAUGGGAUUGCGCGGAGAAGCUGGAAAAGUUGGAGACAUUGGCAAACCAGGCAGCAUGGGUCCACCUGGUCUUGAUGGAAUGAAGGGUGCUCAAGGUGAACCAGGUAAUAAAGGAGAAAGAGGCGAUCCUGGUCUUCCGGGAACUGACGGUAUACCCGGUCAAGAAGGACCAAAGGGCGAUAAAGGCACUAAAGGCGAGCCCGGUCCUAUUGGUAAAAGAGGUCGCAAAGGUGACCGUGGAGAUAAAGGUGACCAAGGUGUACCAGGGCUGGAUGCGCCUUGUCCUUUAGGUGCGGAUGGUCUACCAUUACCUGGUUGUGGAUGGCGACCUUCGAAGGAUAAACAUAAAACCGACUGGUUGCACGAUAUUCAACGUGUAUAGUUUCUUCGCAAUUUUAAACACUAAAUCAAGAAAAUCACUUAGAAACAUUGUGGGCGGCAUCGUCACCCGUGAUUAGUGAAAUGGACUAAAAUUUUAAAUGAACUUGGUACAGUGGUACUAAUUGAUAAAUAUAUUAGUUUAAUAAC